AUGUCGCAUGUUCAAAUUGCAAUUAUAGGCGCUGGGCCUGUCGGUCUAACGCUCGCCCGGCUGCUUCUCAACAAUCCCAGCCUCAACGUGGUCGUGUUUGAAUCAGAUGGGUCGCGCAAUUCUCGCAGUCAAGGUGGAACUCUUGAUCUGCAUCCAGACACAGGUCUCGAGGCCCUAAAACAAGCAGGCCUGUGGGAGGAAUUCACGAAAAAUGCCCGUUACGAUGGAGAAGCCUUAACUUUCUGCGAUAAGAAGCUCCAAAAGUACGUCCGUCUGUCCGGUGCAGAGGGAAAAUCCUCUCGCGGUCGUCCUGAAAUCGACCGAGCAGCCCUCCGCGCGAUUUUACUAGACUCUAUCCCCUCGGAGAUGAUUCGUUGGGGCUGUCACCUGCGCGCAAUCGACGAAAACCACGACUUGGUUUUUGACCACGGCAUCGAGUCUGGAUUUGAUUUGGUGGUGGGGGCAGAUGGUGCCUGGAGCAAAGUCCGCAGCUUGCUGUCAGAUCAAAAGCCAGUGUAUUCCGGUAUCGGUGGAUAUGAUUUUAAUAUCCCCAAUGCCAAAGAAACAGCCCCCAAAUGCUACGAACACACCAAUCGGGGCUCGCUGUUUUCUCUCUCCGAUCAUCGGGCAAUUUUCAGUCAGCAGAUCGGAGAUGGUAGCUUAUAUAUAACUUGUUGGAGCCAAAGGCCUGAAGACUGGAUGCAGACCGGCUCAUGUGACAUUCUCAGCCCUGAAUGUAUCAAAAAGAUUAUCAGGGAAGAAUUUCACGACUGGCAUCCCGAGUUGCUGGACUUUGUGGAAAAGGGAGAUGAUAUUGUAGCUCGCUCAUUGUACAUGCUUCCUGUGGGUUGGUGCUGGGAACACCGCCCUGGUAUUACAUUGAUUGGUGACGCCGCUCAUGUCAUGACACCUUUUGCCGGGGAGGGAGUCAAUUUGGGCAUGCAAGACGCCUUAAUGCUGUCACAGGCUAUCCUUAGGGCAACUAGCUCAUCAGCACCUACUGAUAAACUUCCGGCUGAGAUCAGGGCCUUUGAGGAAAAUCUUUUCGUGAGAGCAAAGCGGACAGGUACUCACACAAUGGACAUGCUGAAGUGGAUGAUGCUUACUGAUGGCGCACCGCGGAGCACGAUUGACAAAUUCUCUCUACGCAUGAUGACUUUCCAUGAUAAGACUUUUCUUGAGCAUUUGCGGUACCCUUUUCUUGCUGCUUUGGUCAAAGGAUACUUUUCCCUGUGCAAAUUAUGGUAUUGA